GGCACCAGACUGAGUGGAUUUUCAAUAUACUCUGCCACUCGAUAAUCAGGAUUUACUGGUCUUAUGGACUUAAACUAAAGUUGGUAAAAGAAUCAGUAUGCUGUUUGAGAAUGUCGCUUGCCUUGAAACCGGCAGUUUCACACAUUGUAAGGUAAAAAUAAGUUGCCAAUAUGCCUAAACGCAAAAUAUCGAGUGGAUCCACGGGGAGGAGGAGUGAGCAUGAACAACCAAAGCGACAGGCGCUGCAUGAAGAGCAUGGUGUCUCCAGAUUGGAACAACUGCACAGCCCAAGUACUGCAGAUGAAGAAGAUGACCUAUCCAUGAAGUGGAAGAAACCGACAUUGAUAGAUACCCUGAAGGCUAUUCUCAAAGAUUAUCCUGCCAAUGAACAGAUAUUGAAAGAGCUGAUCCAAAAUGCUGAAGAUGCUGGUGCCAAGACGAUAAAGUUCCUCUAUGAUGAAGAGGAGUAUCCAAGUGAUGGCCUGUUUGAAGACAAGCUCGCUGCAUUUCAGGGUCCUGCGUUGUAUGCCUACAAUGAUGCCAUGUUUUCUGAUGAUGACUUCAAAAACUUGGUCAGCAUACAAAAUAGCAGCAAGUUAGUGGAUCGCUCCAAAGUUGGGAGGUUUGGCCGUGGAUUCAAGUCCGUAUUUCACAUGACAGAGUUACCGUGUUUGCUAAGUGGGAAGUACCUUGGUAAGAUAGACCCAAAUGUAGAAGAUGAAUCACUCAUGCACAAGCAUUCCAAACUCUUACUCACUCAUCCCAAUGAGUUGAAGCCCUAUCUGGGAAAAUUCAAUUUCACUGAGGCUACUUGCAAGAGUGGAUUGUACAAAGGAACUAUAUUUCGCUUCCCCUUACGCAGGGUUGGAUGUACUUACAAGGUUUCAGAUACUGUUUACACACGUGAAAAGAUCACCAAUAUCUUUGAGACACUAAAAACGCAGGCAUCAAUGAACCUCUUGUUCUUGAAGUCACUUGAGUCGAUUGAGGUAUUCACCAGAGAACCAAGUGGAGAACAACAAUGGAAAUUUUGUGUGAGUGUCAAAAACGUUACCGACCCAAGGCUACAGGAGCGCGGAAAGUUUUUUAAGGAGAUCGACACCAAGUUGCCUAAGACCGAGCGCCAUUUGACCUACAUGAUCGACAUCAAUACUUUGACUGGUCGUCCAGUUGAGGGGACAUCUCAAAGGUUUCUUGUUUGUUAUUACUACAACAGUGUCAAUGUGUCCGAGACUUUUGAGAGAAUGUUGCGAGACAAAGACUUGAGUAACAACCCCAUUGUCGGUGUAGCAAUGCCUCUUAAAGAUAAUGCAUCUGACCACUGCUUGCCAGUCAGUGAGGGACAUUUGUUCUGCUUCUUGCCAUUGCCUGUAGAUGGGAAAGCUAGCCCAACAGGUCUGCCAGUCCAUGUGAAUAGCUUCUUUGCUGUUGAUUCGAAGAGGAGUAAGAUUGAGUGGCCAACAGACCAAGAUGGGAACCUGGAUCUGGAAGACAUGCCAACAGAAUUAAAGUGGAACCAUUGUCUUGUGACAGAGCUUCUACCAGUGGCCUAUGCAAGGCUUCUGCAGGAUGCAACCAAGGAUAAACAUGUUUCAGGUGACUCCAUCUACCAGUAUUUUCCAAGUGUCAAGGAAGUGGAGGAAAAGUGGCGGGAAAUUCUGCUGCCGUCCUUCUCCAGAAGAGCUCUGAAGAUGCCUCUGUUCCCAACAGUUGGUGGUUGUAAUGAGGCCUCUGUCAUGUUGGAUGAUGCAGUGAUCUGCCCGCCAAGUCUGAAUGAAGAGCUCCGAUGUGUCCUUGUGAAGCUGUUGGUCAAAGCUGGGAAGAACGUGGUGUGCCCUCCAGAACAUGUGAUGGAGGCCAUCAAAGAGUACUGCAGCCCAGUGGAGGCAACGUCAUGCUAUGUUCGCAGUAUAUUGAAGGAACAUCAUUGUUACAAGAAGCUGUCUAGACCAGAAAAACUCUGUCUUCUGAAGUUCCUCAUUGAAGACAGUGCAUUCAAUGAUCUGAGUGGACUGGAGCUGCUUCCAGCUGAUAGCGGAAAGUUCCUGGUCUUCUGCCAAACUAGCAACCAAGUUUACAUCAUUGACGAUGAAAGAAGAAAGUUGUUGCCAACACUGGAAGAUUUGAUGCUCAGUACCAACCUCGAUUCCGACCUUGAAAGAAAGUUACGAAAUUCUUGUGGACAAACACAGCUGAAAGUGUGUUCCAAUGAAGAUUGCCUGGAACUGCUGUCGAAGGUGUUUCCAAAUUCCUGUUCAGAGGAGGUCACAAUUGACUGCUGCAGGAGGGGGAUUUAUAGCCAUCUAACCCAAGAAUGGUUGAAACUGUUGUGGCAAUUCCUGGCCAAAAUAGAUGGGGAUUUCCCGAGGAGUUUAGAGAAGGUUGCAGAGUUGCGCAUUCUCCCAAUAUGCAGUAGGUCCAAACUAAAACUUGCGAAACUGUCUGGCAAUACUGCCUAUGUAGUUCAGGAACACCUUAGAAAAACCCUCAGCAAGGAGGUUUCACAAUUGUUGCAGUAUUUUGGUAUUCAGGUACUCAGUGCAUUACCAGAUUAUGUUCUGCACCAUCCCCAAAUCUUUGAUGGCGACUACAUCUACCAACCACACCCAGAGUCUGUGAUGAGAGCAAUCAUCAAAGGUACACAGGUCCCCAAAGCACAGGUCAGCCUAAUGGCAAAGGACUUCAACACAAAGACAACUAUGGUUCAGAGGAAAGUGUUCCGGGGCUUUCUGCAACCAGCUGUUGACUCAGCAGACAGGAAUUUCAAGGGUCUUCUGAAACAAUUGAAGAUAUUUGAAACCAUCGGAAGAUGUGGAGAGAGUGGCAAAGGCUCAGCUUCAGUGGUCGACAUUGGUGUUGGAGUUGCAGGCUAUGACCUGCCAGCAAAGCCAUCAAAGGACUUGCUUGAUCUGACUUCACAGGAUUCUCAAGCCCUUGCACAGGUCCUAGGUGUCAGAAAGUUGACUGAAACAGAGAUUCUUGAAGAGAUUAUCUUUGACGACAUAAGGAAACACCUCUGGUCACAGGCUGACUUGGAAAAGGUGAUGAAGCUGGUUUUACAGAAGCUGGAUGUCCAUUCGAAAAGUGAAACAUUCAUCCUACGAUUGAAAGGAUUGGCAUUUCUCAUGGAUAAUGGAGGAAACUUGAGGAAACCUGAGGAAAUGUUUGAUCCUGAAAAAGAGGUGUUGAAGAAAUUGUUCAUUGGAGAAGACAAAUUUCCAGGGCCUGCUUACUCAACAUGUCUUGUCGCUUUGCAGAAAUUAGGGCUCAAGAUUGAAGCUGACAUCACCGGUGAUGACAUUCUUUCUUCAGCUAGCCUAAUUCAUAAGAAAAUUAACUUGAAACACACUUCACCUAGUACCAGUGAGUUAGAAAAGAAGUCAAAGACUAUUGCAGCACUCUUCCAAAGGAAUCCACAUUUGCAGUCAAAUGCUGUUAUAGCAAAACUCUGUGAUAUUGAAUGGAUUCCAGUACAGAGCAAGAAACCUUCAUCAUUCCCUUCCACGGUUCACUGGGAGAAACCAAACAAACUCUUUGCUAAGCCCAAAUCAGUGUAUUCAUCUGCCCAUGUCAGUGUCAUUGGCCUGUCCUUGCCAACAGUUAAGGCUGGUGCAUUCCCGGAUGAGGUGAUAGAGUUACUCGUUAAUGACCAUCAAAUCCCAUUAGAGAGUAUUAUCUCUCACCUUGGUAAAGUGGUGAAAUCCUACACAGCAUCCGAGAAACCUGCUUUCAUGAAUAUGGCCUGUGAUAUGUACAAUGCAAUGAAAGACUUUGACGGGAAUGUGGUUGUUGAUGAAUUACAGAGACAGAAGGUUGUGAGUUGGCUGUGGCAUGGGGAUGGAUUUACAUCAGCUGACUGUCUGGUUAUUGGUCAGAUGAGUGUGGCAAACAUGCACCCGUAUGUCUACAGUCUUCCACCUGAACUGCUUCAAUUCAAAAACUGGCUCUUGCGUGUUGGUGUAAGAAAAGAUUUGAAGCUUGCUGCGGUUCUCAAAGAGAUACAGCUAUGGCACAGUGACAAUCCAUCAACUACAGAUGAAAGAGUAAGAGGUGAUGAAGAUUUGGCUGUUCGAAUCAUCAAUAAAAUUGCAGAACAAGAGGUACCGGAUAACGUACAAGGAAAUAUCUUGGUGCCAGUCAAAGGUGGAAAGGGUUUGACAUUAUUACCAGCCAAGGAAUGCACUUACUGUGACACUAAGAUGGACACGAGUGAGUUGUCUACCUUACAGAAGUCCUUCCAAGAAGAUGAAGAAACAAUUCACUACCUGCAUCCUGCAAUAUCUAAAGCCAAUGCAACGUCCCUUGGAGUAAAGUCAUUGGAUGUUGGUAGACUUUUUGAUGGCUCCGGAUUUGACUUUGAGUCAGAGAUAGAAGAGUGUGGUCAGCAUGAACCUCUUACCAGGAGAAUCGCACGUCUCCUAGAAGAGAACUAUCGUGACGGGCUUGUCAUUCCAAAGGAACUGGUUCAGAAUGCUGAUGAUGCUGGGGCCACAGAAAUUAGAUUUCUGUUUGAUGAGAGACAAAAUAAAGAAUAUUGCACAGGCCUCUUGGAUGAUGGAAUGAAGAUAUAUCAGGGCCCUGCUCUCUGGGUGUAUAACAAUGCAACAUUCACAGAUGAAGAUCUGGCAAACAUCAGAAAACUCAGUGGUGCUACAAAGGAGGAAAAAAGAGACAAAAUUGGACAAUUCGGACUUGGGUUCAAUGCUGUCUACAAUAUCACAGAUGUCCCAAGUUUUGUCACACGAGAGUACAUUGUGUUCUUUGACCCUCAUUGUACCCAUUUGACCAAAGUUCUGAAGAAUAAUGACCCGGGAUUAAAGAUUAAUCUGUGCUUAGGUACGAGUCGAAUGGCACUCCUGAAAAAACGGUUUGCCGACCAGUUCAAACCAUAUGAUGGCAUAUUCAACUGCAGCAUCAAUGAAACAAGUGAGCAGAAACGAUAUGAUGGGACCUUAUUCCGCCUCCCACUUCGCCCACCAGGAGCACAGAGUGAAUUUAAAAGCCGCCAAUAUUCCGUGUCAGAUGUGAAAGAUCUUUUGCAAGGUCUAGUCAGAGAAGCUAACAAACUGCUCCUCUUCACACAGAAUGUUAAAAGAAUUGGUAUCUACCAUAUUCCUGCCAGUGGCUGUGAACCCUCCUGCCCUUUGCGCCUCUUCGAAGCUGAAUGCAGAACAUUAAAGAUGUUCAAGAGAUUACCGAUUCCAGGAGGCAGUGAUGAUUCACCAUGUGGAAUACUGAAGGUAGCAGACAUGCUGUUCAAGGCGGAGACACCGCCACCAAAGGAACCAUUGCACUCAUCUGGUAUGAUUGAAACAACAUCAACCAUCUUCCCUUACAAAACGUGCAAGGGGAAGGAUUGCUUUAAACUGAAUGGAAAGUCUUCUAAUCAAUGGUGGUUGUUGUUCAGUUGCAUUGGUAAAAAGGCUUCACUUGAGUUUGGACGAACGCUGAAAUCAUGUAGUCCAGUUGCUGGUGUUGCAGUGAAGUUGCACAAGACUGCUCGGGAAGUUUAUGAACCUCAAGGCUACCCAGAUGGUGCACCAUUGUUCUGCCACAUGCCCAUGCCAUCUACGAUAAAAAGUGGUCUUCCAGUGAUAGUCAAUGGUAGUUUUGCAUUGACUUCUGACCGGCAGCAUCUCUUGAAGCAGACUACAGAGGAUUCGACCAAGUUGAACAUAUGCCAGUGGAAUGAAGUUUUGAUGAAAGAUGCCAUUGUUGAAGCAUACCUUGGUACCUUAGAACAAGCUACUUCCUUCAUUGAUGUGAAUCAUUGUGACCCUUACUGCUUAUGGCCAGUCAAAGAGACAUUGGAUAGUUCGUUUCAGCCAUUCUAUGAAUGUUUCUAUGCUGAGAUCGCUACUGGUCAAGGUAGAAGUCCAAAGAUACUCAACAGUGUGAAAGGUUGGAUUGAUUUUGGGCAUGCUGUAUUCUUAGAUGAGGCCCUUGCGCGGUCUCAACUGAAGGAGUUGGCACUGAACCUGGUACAGAAUUACCUAGACAGCUGUGGUCAAGGAAAGUGUGCUGUUGUCCUACCUGAGAAAAUACAGCAAGGGUUUUCCAACUUGAAAAUGGAGACAUUCACGCUGCUGCAGUUCUAUGAGCUUGCGUUCUUCCCUACGAUUGGUAAAGUUGAAAAUCCAGAUAGAGACGAGCUUGUAAAACUUGCACUGAUUAAAUGUAAGCAACGGGAUGGGCUAAGACAGUUAGUACAAUCAACAGCAUGCAUUGCUGUGAUAGCUUCAUCUGACAAGUUUCUCAAGCCAGGUGAAUUGAUCUCCCCUACCGGAGAAUGUGGAAAACUGUACGGCAUGGAAGAUGAAAGAUUCCCAAAGAACGUCUUCUGCGAGGGAGAACAUUUUGAUGUCCUGAAGAACUUGGGAAUGGCUGUUGAUGAGAUCCCAUGGGAGGAGGUCCUACAGAGAGCCAAGUCAGUGCAUGGGUUGCAAGCACAGAGUCGCAGCUCAAGAGUUAGUGCUCUGCUAGCUUAUAUUGAAAGAAAGCUUCAUAAAUCAGAACCAGACUCAGAUAUUUCAACAAAGUUGAAAGAGAUCAACUUUCUUCCAAUUUUACAAAAGCCUCCAUCUUGUCCUUUGUCUUGGAAGGGGGAUGACUUAGAGCAUGGUACAGUAGUGCCUGCAAAUUGUCUUUAUGCUCAGCGUCACUGUCAGUUGAUUGGUAACUUAUAUUUGAUUCUUGAUGAGGAACAGUGUGGGGUGCAGAGAAAACAUAAAAGGAAGACUUUCAGGUUACUUGGACUUGAUCAGAAAUUGCCAUCUCUGAGUGAUGUGAUGAGGACCGUUGAUGAGCUGUCCAGACAAGUAGUAGGAAGCCAAAACAAAGACAUAGAGACGUACAGUCAAAAGGUCUAUACUUACCUCGAUGAGUAUUGCAACAGCGACUGCAGAAUAGAGGAGGUGAAGAACCUGCUGAGAGGAAAGAGAUGUGUCUUAGUGCAGAAUCAUUUCAUGGAGCCAGAAAACAUUGCCAGUAAUUGUGACAAGAAACUUCGUGCCCCACCAUAUCUUAGUUGUGUUCCACACGCAAUCCUCUGGUUAAAAAACCUACUGAAGGCCCUUGGAAUUAGAGAUGAGUUCAAUUCUGGUGACUACAUUGAUGCUCUUCAUCGGAUCAAGGCAGAAAAUCUGACUGAAGAUAAGAUCGAUAUUGUUCGGGAUAUUGCUGAAUGUCUGAGUAUAUGUCUGCACAGAGAGCAGCUUGCUGAAACCAGGCCCACCCCAGCAACACCAGAGAAACCCAUCCUGCUACCUGCUGAUAUUCGUGGUCAUUCCAAAAGAAAUAAUCAGCUACUACUCUUACCUGUUGGUCAGAUGUGCCUUCGUAAAAAUUUGAAACCAUGGCUUACAAUUUCUGAUCAGAACCUCAAGUAUGUCCACCCUGCUAUUCCUCACAAAACCGCAGUUGACUUGGGAGUUAAAUCAGACUGUGAAAGCAUUGUUGCAAGCCUGGGGCAUGGAUUUGGACAGCCAUUUGGUCAAAAAGAAAAACUGACUACGCGAAUAAAAGGGAUUUUGCAAGGAUAUCCCUGUGAUGAAGGUGUUCUCAAAGAACUUCUUCAGAAUGCAGAUGAUGCCGGGGCUACCGAGUUGAAGUUUCUCCUAGAUCAUGAAGGACAAAAUGGAGAUGAGGUUAUGAGCGAGGCCUGGGCAGAACUACAGGGUCCAGCCCUGUGUGUACACAACAAUAAGCCAUUUACCAAGAAGGAUUUGGACGGCAUUUGUAACCUUGGCCUUGGGUCCAAGAACACUGACCCGACGAAGACAGGGCAGUAUGGCAUAGGCUUCAAUAGUGUCUAUCAUCUGACUGAUGUCCCGAGUUUCUUCACCGAUGGUGAAGAAAUUGGACGAACUGUUGGUAUCUUUGAUCCCAACUGUAGAUUCAUUCCUGGUGCAACUACUGAAAACCCUGGCUGGUGCUUUCAGAGGGAGGACUUAGCAAAGGCCACAGCAUCUUUCCCAGGUUCCUUCUCAGGAUAUCUUGAUGACAGAUUUCCAGUUGAGGGAGCUACAACAUUCAGACUGCCCCUGCGAACUAAGGAAUCUGCCGAAAAAUCUGAGAUAAGCAGUAAACCAGUUACAUUCAAAGACAUUGAAUCAUUUUUUAGCAAGCUACAAAAAGAAGCAUUUCAAUGCCUUCUAUUUGUUAACUCAGUGAGGAACAUCUCUUUUCUCAACACAAGAACAAAAAAGACCUAUUGGGUGAGAGUGACGAUUAGUCCUGCUGAUGAGUUAAAAUUGGCAGUCUUCAUCAAGCAUAUGAAGAGAGUUUCUGCUGACUUGAAGAAAGAUCAAAUGGCUUUGAAAGAUGUCGCCUAUCAAGAUGUAGUCUACACACUGACAUUUGAGGAUUCAAAGAAGAGAAAAGAGGAGUGGUCCGUUUGUCAGUGCAUUGGAUUCAAAGAUGGCAACAUCCCUCGUGAUGUCCAAGCUGCUUACGAAAAUGCAGAUAUUUCCCUUCUGCCACGUGGAGGUGCUGCUUUCUGCAAAAACCAACCAUCUCUGAGCAAACACGGACACAAGAUGUUUUGUUUUCUUCCACUGCCUCUUCCUCAAGACACCAAUCUGCCCUUUCACAUCAAUGGCCAUUUUGCACUGGAUGCCAAUCGUAGGGGGCUUUGGGGUCUGAGUGAGCAUUGUUACAGAACUGCAUGGAAUAAAUUGAUCAUUGAGGAAUGCAUUGCUAAAGCGUGUAUGUCAUUGGUAAACAUUGAAUGUGAUCAUCUCAAAAAGAAGAUGUGCCCGUCACCAGCAGACCUGAAAACGCUGUACUCACUAUUUCCUCAGGAUAGGGGUUCACAGAAGGAAGGGUACGAAAAACACCUGACCUCAGCUUUCUACAGAGAAAUGGCAUUCGCUGAGAGUGCGUGUCUUGUAGCUGUGACUAUGCGUGACCAAACAACUGAGUUUGAAGGCCGGUGGUUCACAGUUAAGGACUGCAUUGCAGGAAAUGUUGUCUUUGACAAGCCAGACAGUGAACCUAAGAUGGAACAUGAUCGACAGUGGAGUCGAGAACUGAACAUACCAUUUUCUUCUACUUCAUUAAAACUCACAGUUGCAAAAACACUUAGCAGGCUAGGUUACAACAUCUUGGAAGCUGUCCCACAGUUCAUAUUCAGAGCAUUGAGAGUUGUUGGUGAGGAUGUCCAACAAGUAUCUCGAGACCACAUUCUGAAGUUUAUGCGGCAGUGGGAAACUCAUCCAGAGAGCACUCUUAAAAACCUGCCACAACACAUCAGUGAGUCUCCUUUCAUGAACAUUUCGAACCUGGUGAAGAUAAUCAAGUAUUGCUUGCCACAGGAUUGUUCCCUGCCACAGGAUUGUUCCCUGCCACUCAGUGGGCUACCACUUUGUCUGACCAAAGAUGAUGUACUGCGUGUGUUUGAUACAGGACACCCUGUAUUUCCACCAACAUUCUCAAUGCUGAUACCGGAACGAGCUGAUCUCUUUGUUAAAAGCGAUAUCUAUGCUGUAGUUGUUGGUCAGGUUAGCAAUGACAAAUCUGUAAAACAGUUUUCCAUACAUGACUUGGCACUUCUGAUUAGAGAAAGACAAGAGUAUCAGCAUUUUCUGCAGGAAAGGCCCCUGGAAUUGGAUAUAUCUGGGGAGGAAGGUGAAAGACUUGGGAGUUGGUUGCAGAACGUCUGGAAGCUUAUCAAACGAGAACUUGGAACUAACAUAUCAAAUCCAUCACUGCUACAGAUCGCGUUACAUCCCAUACGUGAUUUCUGUUUUAUCCCAGCCUACAUUGAACCAGCAAGUAGGUAUGUCUUGUACAGAGUCGAACAUGCAAAACAAGUUGUCCACCCCACAGACAGACAGUCCGCAUACUUCAUAUACUUCAGGGAUACAUGUAUAUUGCCCUUGCUGAAGAAACUUGGAGUGCCAAUGCUUGAGCUGACACUAUGCACAGAAGAAGAUGCCAUUCAUACAACAAACAUGUGCAUGUACAAAGAGAUUGCAAAUGAAAUUGUGUCCCAUCAAGAAGAUGGUGUUGGAAUUUUGAACGCCCUUUGGCACCUUCAUCAGCAAGGUUUGCUCCAGGUAACCUGUAAGAAUGAUGCAAAUCUCCUUCUAGAGUACUUCUCAAACUAUUUCCAUGAAAAUGUGAGAAAUGUGUCUUCAGAUCGAGGGUUAGCUCCAAGCCAAUUGUUGGCUCUCCCCAUUCACAUAACAGUUAAUGGGAGCAUAGUAUCCUUAGAAGGAUGUACAGUCUUCCUCAUACCUCGAGGGAUUCCGAAGGCAGGUUUGGACAAUUGUUUUGCCGACAGAAUUAAUAAGACAGAACAAUUCAUCUAUAAGGGGAACAAGAAGUUAGUAGCCAUGUAUGAAGAUUGUGGAUGCUGCAAUAAGAAUGAGGUUGAGAUCUAUGUAGAAUUGCUUCUUCUAGAAAUAAAUUUCUGUAAGUUUCUUACUGAGGCAGAGAGGCUUGAACAUCUGAAGUUCAUUGCCGAUGAUAUUCUACCUCGAUUGGACCAACAGUCAAGCAAGUACGGUGCCCUGAUGGCUGCUCUCCAACGCCUGCCAUUUGUGACAGAUUGUGAAGAACAGCUGCAACGAGCAGAGAAGUUGUACAACCCUAAAGUUCCGUUGUAUGCAAAGAUGGAGAAAGAAUUUCCUUCAGAGGAAUUCCUAUCUGCGAAACUUCUUGAUCUCCUUAAGAAGUGUGGUUUGAAAUCAACUGUGACUGCUGAUGAACUUCUGAAGUAUGCCGAGAUGGUUGAGACCCAAGCUGAACCAACAGAUGAAACAGUGCAGAAGUCAAAACUGAUAUUUGAAGAAUUGGAGGUCAUGGCUCCCGAGCCAACAAAAGACCAACUGUUUAAGAUGAAAGUUAUCAGGUUCAUACCUGUUGAGAAAUGUGCUUCAGAACUGACUAAUCUUCAUACCCAACACUUGCUGCUACCAGGCAGUGCAGGUGCAUUCACGUGCUUUCAGGAUAGCAUGCUUUAUGAAGAAUGUGACAAAUGUUGGACAGUUGCAGCUAUACUGCCUACUUGGAUAAAGGCAUCUGACAAUGUGACAGACUUAUUGAGAAAGCUCGGGGUUCACCACCCUGUGCCAGUAAAGACUGUUGUAGCGCACUGUACUAGGUUGUCACAACACCUGUUUUCCAGCAAUAUGGCACAAAAGUCCUCAAAGGAUGUGAUGAAGUACAUGACAGUUCUCUACAAUUAUUUCAAAGAAAGUAAAGACUCUCUCGAAGAAAGUGAUUAUAAGGAACUCGGCAAUGCACCAUGCAUCACUGUCGAUGAAGGUCAGAGUUUGAUCCAUCCCUGUCAGGUCUGCCCUGAGUUACCAUCUGAUCUCGAGAUGAAGCCAUACCUCUACAAACUUCCACGGGACCUUGGGCCAUAUUACGAUCACCUGUUUCGUCAACUAGGUGUCAGAGAGCAACCAGAUUUUAGGCACUACAUGGCUGUUCUGAAGGUCAUUCACGGGGAAUGUGAAGGUGGUGAGCCUGUUCUGGAUUGCAAUCAAGAAAAAUCUGCGAAAGAGGCCAUAAAGUAUUUCAUGCAGCGGAUGCAGAAUGAAGAUGAUCCCUCACUGGAGCCAAAUGAUUCCCUCUAUCUCCUCAGCCGCAAGAAGACCCUUGAACGAUCGACCGACAUGGUUUUGGUUGAUGACCCUAGGCUGCUGCCAGACAAGGCAAAAGAGGUUGACUGCUGGCAAGUUGUAGGCGACAUACCUGACUACACAGUCCAUCACCUGCAAAGGCUUCCAGAGUGCAUCAGACCAAGAUUUUUGUCAACUCUGAUAGAAGAGGUCCUCGAUGAAAGCAUAACUUGUGUGGCAGUUCAAACCGUAGACAGUGGGGCAGUAAGUUGUUUCAGAGUUCGCCUAAAGAGUUCUCCUUUCCUCGAUGGAUUGAAGCGCCUGCUGCAUCAUGAUGGGACAAGUAGAGGUGAAAAGAUGGAAGUAUUCGAUGACUGCUGGUCCAAGCUGCAAGAAAUAUUGACCAAUAUCAAGUUCUUCACAGUGCCAAAGAUUGUGACUCUCCUGCGUAAAAGAGGUACCUGUGAUAUCCUACCCAACAGUACGCAGGAGUCUAGUAAGGUGUUCAUCAACAUGACUGAAGGUUGCAAGGUCUACAUUCAGCAGAAUGAAGAGGAGAUCAUGCUGAACAGUGUUCGGGAACGAAUUGCUGAAUACAUCAGCACCAUGAUGAGAAUAGAAGGAGCAACUGCUUUGACAUUGGUGAAGAUCGUGUCACGUCCUCUUGACCUGAUAUCAGAUACUCUUGAUGAUAGUCGCAUAACUAGAUAUGGUGAGGGUACAGCUUCUUGUGAGCCAGAACUUGGCAGUUUCAUUCCACUUGUUCAGCACUGCUUGCUGAAGCCAGAUUUUGUGGUAUUUGUGGUUGGUGAAAUAGUUGGCUUUGAGCGUGAAGACCCCCUGAAUGAUGGCGGAGAUGGUGCAGCGACUUAUAUGUAUGCCAAAAUCAUACACCAAAUCAGAUCUGAUAAUGAUAAAGAAGAGAUGGGUUUCAAAUAUGAAAUUGACAUUGGUGACUCUACACUCAUUGUCCCUGCUUCUGAUCUCUACAAAUUUACCAGGAAGAGGUCCGAGAGCCUCCAAGACAAACCAUUCAACUUAGCUGAGGAAAAGAAGAAGAUAACAGCAGACUUGAAGUAUGCUUUUCAUUCAAAUUCCUUAAAUGAAGACGAACAGAAGAAAUUUCUGAAGAGGCUCAUCAUGAAAUGGCAGAUGGAAGCUAAUGAAGAAUUACUGCAAUAUAUUGAAGAUGAAGUUGGUAAUUUGCAGAGGGAACUGAAGGAUGAAAAUAAAGCAAAAGGAUCGACAUCAGAGAGCCAUUAUCGUUGGUUUAGUUCAGGAUAUAUCUUCAAAUAUGCGAGAGAACGUGCUCAAAAACACAGAACUCAUAUUAAAACAUUCAGACAGCAAGAGUCUAGUGCGUCCAGUGAUCCACUGGAUUUCUCCUACUUGAGACACAGAGGCAAGAACCCUCAACCUGGUGAAGCAAAGAGAUGGUUCAGGCAGGCUAAAGCUGACCUUGCCGCAUCCAAGGCUGAUGAUACAUGUAACGAUGGUAUUGAGAAGGCGUAUGAAUGGGCUUUGCAGAAAUGCCAUCAGGCAGCAGAAAAGGGCCUGAAGGCUGCAGGCUACACCCUGGAUUCGAAACGGCUGAUCAGUCACAAUCUACCAUUGAUUGCAUCUUCACUGAGUAAUGAAACGAUAAGCCAGCUUGCCCUGAGCAUCAGUGGGAAAAUAAGUGAUGGAAUGUCCCUUCGUUACCCAGACAGGUUGUCGUAUCCAAGAAUCCCACAUGACAGCUACGAUGAAAAUACGUACAGGCAGGUUUUUGAAUGGACGAACGAGCUGCUGAAUAUCAUCGAUGACAAUUUUAGAGUAAAUACUAAUUGAAUCUUUCAAAGACGUAGCCAGGAUUUCUAGAAGGGAGGUCGUUUGCCGGAGAGAGGAGCGUUCCAAAUGUCAAGGGAUUUUCAUGGUCAAUUUUAAAGAUAUCUUUCAGCACUGGUAAUUCUGUAUGGUCGACCUUGUCUGUGCCUAAUGUCUUUAGACUGGUUAUGAUUGAGACCAAUCGGAGAGAGUCAUUGCAGUCAGAACAAACGUCCAGAUUUAAAUGCUUUCAAUAACCUCUGGAAAAUGUUUUGGCUUCAUUCUGUACAAACAUCGUGUUUUCAGUUUCUGUCUCGUGUAUGUGACAUACGCAUAUCAAACAUACAUUAUAUGAUUUGGAUGUACCUGCAUGAUAAGGUCAUGCCGAUCCACCGUCACUGUGUGUUGAGACUUUCGGACUGAUUAUCACCGCCGAUAAGUUGGCAUGGAUAAGGUUUGUGUAGGCAAUAUUGGAAUCGAGAAAAAAAUGGAGAUAAAUCAAGUCGCUAUUCAAACUCAUGACUUCUUGACUUGCAAAUCAUGCCAUGUGACCACCUGUGCCAAUGAGGCUUGUUGGACGUUUUGAAAGAAGUUCAUUUAAAGCAGAUGUACUCAUCUGAUGAUAUGUUCGGUACUGUUCCCUGGUUUUCACCAAUGCCAUGCUCGAGUUGCAUCGUUCAGAUGGCACAUCACAUGGGUUUCAGAUAUCUCAAGUUUGAAUCUCCGUUGUGGCUUGAUUUUCCCCAUUUUUUUGGUUUUAAGAUUGAACCUUAUCAUCCAGGUGUCUCCUGGUUUCUGCAAAUAUUUGUGCGACUUUGUGGUGUGCACAAGUGGUUUGAAGUGAAUUCUUUAUAUUAGUGUAGGAUUAGUGUGCAUUACCAAAGCAAUAUUUAGGUGUGUUAUUCAGCUACAAGUAUUUUAAGUAUAAGGCAAAAUAUUGUAUCAAAAAUUGCUGCAAAGGUGUGUUCAUGUAUAUAGGACACGCACAAGUACUGUAUAAAAGUGAAGGACUUAUUCCACUUUAGCGGGAACUGCUGGACAAUGCAGAAAAACAGGCACUUUUAACAGGUGUUAGAUUAAUUUCAGCAAGAAUUAUUUUAUUGAUUCUUCGUGUGAGUUAUUGGCUGGGCAAUUGUAACCGACUGCAAAGCCUGUGGAAUGUAGGAAAUCGCGACAGUUGCCCACUAUAAGGGAUUGUGUCUUUUAGUACAGUUCAACCUGAGUAUAAUGAACUGUGCGACUUUGUGGUGUGCACAAGUGGUUUGAAGUGAAUUCUUUAUAUUAGUGUAGGGUUAGUGUGCAUUACCAAAGCAAUAUUUAGGUGUGUUAUUCAGCUACAAGUAUUUUAAGUACAGUAUAAGGCAAAAUAUUGUAUCAAAAAUUGCUGCAAAGGUGUGUUCAUGUAUAUAGGACACGCACAAGUACUGUAUAAAAGUAAAGGACCUAUUCCACUUUAGCGGGAACUGCUGGACAAGGCAGAAAAACAGGCACUUUUAACAGGUGUUAGAUUAAUUUCAGCAAGAAUUAUUUUUAUUGAUUCUUCGUGUAAGUUAUUGGCUGGGCAAUUGUAACCGACUGCAAAGCCUGUGGAAUGUAGGAAAUCGCGACAGUUGCCCGCUAUAAGGGAUUGUGUCUUUUAGUACAGUUCAACCUGAGUAUAAUGAACUGUGCCAGGGGUCCGGGAAAAAUAUUCGUUAUAGCCAAAUAUCCAUUGAGAAAUAAAUUCAAAUCCUUCUCAAGCUGUCAUUUUGGAAUUGCAUAAUACCAAGAACUAAUAAAGACUAGUCUUUAUUUAUUUUUGGUAAUAUCAACGACUUCCGAAAUGAUAUACAGUCACACUGUUGUUCUAACCCUGCAGCCAUUUCAUUUCUGGUUUCGUGAAUUUGGAACUUUGACGUACUUUUAAUUUAGCGAUUUGAAAACCCUGUAACGAUAAUUAGAUUAGAUUAUAUGAAUAAGAUUAGAUUUCCUUUUCAUGGCAAUAGCAGAUGUGUUCAUGAUUAUCUAUAAAUGCAAAAAACACAAAAAUAUGAGACACACAGACAUUUAAUGGGUAGUACAUUGAAUGUCAGGGAACUAGAAUGCUUUGUUCACCCUAUUAAAGAUUUUUAUCACAAUCAGUACAAGUAAGAUAUUGAUUAGGUCUUGAGAUCUUUAUAAGCAGAUUUUUGUCAUAACCUUGUUCAUUAUAACUGGGUUUGUUGCAGCAGUCGGUGUGAACCCUGUACCCUGGAAACUGAGCAUUGUCAAAAUGUUGUGGGUCAAGAUGGCAAUUUGUAAGAGUUACACUGGACAUCAACAUAAUUAUAUUGUAAAACCUAUAUAAAGCUUUUAUAUGCCUAAUAUUUUAAACGUAAUAAAUAUACAUG